GGUGCUUUGAUAGUCAAAACAACGAUCAAGUGGAAUGUUUAAAUCUACAACUUACAAGAAUAGUUGUAACUUGUAGAGUUAUAUUCCUUGUAAAAUAUGGAUGGAGCGUUGUCGUCUGAUUUUAGUUAUUGCUCACUGACUGAUGAAAGUAUUUACUUUAUUCGAAUGAAAGCAGCAACAGAUUGUUCUGUACUGUUUAUCGAAGUGAUCGAUAAACGUAGUGGUGAAGUGUGGUCUGGACGAUUUGACACCUCUGAUAUUGAAAAAUUGACAAAGAAAACAGGGAAUUUCAAACAAUUUCCUAUAUUUACUGAGAUGCUAAAAACUGCCUUAAAGAAGACCAGUAGCUCAGUCUUCAUAAAAGUAUUAACAGAUUCUGAGCUGGAGUGGAUGCGUAAAGAAAGAUCUGGCUAUGUUCGAGGCAGUCCACUAUCAAAGUCAAGUACCACAUCAAAGAAACGAUUUCUUUUGCUUGUCUACACAGUAGAAUUUGACAGGAUUCAUUACCCUCUCCGUCUCCAAUACCAAGGCAUUCCCGACAUAUCUACACUGAUGACAACGAUGGUAGAGCUGCGAACAGCACUUCAAAGGUACAAGCUAGGCUCUUGUCAAAAGGAACCAUCUGAACUCCAGUAUCUAAGAGAAGAAAACGUAUUUCUUAAAGGUCAGAUUGAAAGCUUACAAAAAGAAAUUGUCAAGGUAAAAACAGAACUAAACCAAGAAUCAAACACCAAAAGAAGGCAUUCUCAUGCUAGCUAUCAAUCCCCGCAGGUGCUACAUAUGACCAUUAAGAAUUUGGAACAGGAGUUGGUAGAGGAGAAAAGCAGACACAACAGUUACCAAAUCCGUAGUCAAGAUGAAAUAAAGAAUUUGAAAAAUAAAGUGGAAAUCUUAAAAGCUCGUGAAAAGGUCUUGAAGACAGAAUGUCAAAGCCUGAACGAAGAAUUGAAUGUGUUAAAGAAAAAGAUACCAAGUAAAAAAGAUAUAGCUUUCCAUAAGCAAUAUGAGCUUAAAGCUCUCAGAGAAUCUAGAAGCCUGAAGUUGCCACAGACAGAGGGACGACACUUGCAGUACCCUACAGAAAGAACUCUAUCCUGGUCUGAUCCUCGCAGGAGGAGGAGUAAGUCAGAACAAACUUAUGUGAGAUCAUUGUCACCCAGUAGUGCAGGUUCUCGAAACUCAAGAAAGGAUUAUCAUUUACAUGAGGGUAGAUUCAGGGUUUUUGACCCUACAGCGUACAUCCAGGAAAGAGACAAGAAAAUAAGAGAGACAGACUUACAAAGAAGAAAGCAAAUAAGGCGAGCUCUUUCAGCUGGAAGAAUUGGCUUAGAUCAUUACAUUCCAAGCUUGUCAAGUUCUCGGACUUCUUUUGGAAGUAAUAGAAGUCGUAGCUCCUCAAGAGAAAGAUCAAGCAAUUUAAGCAUAAAGACCUCUGAUACACAACACAAGGAACUUCCACCAUCAAGAGUAAAGACUAAAAGUUUCCAAAAUGAAGUUGAACUAAGAGGCUUACAGAAAUUUUUGAAAAAAAGACAGAGGUUGCAUUCCUUUUAAUUAAUGUAUCUUAAAUUUCUUGUUAAUAACUGACUUUUGUAUAAUAGGCGAUACAUUGAACCAAACCUUAGAUACUUGUAUCUAAAGUCUAUUUGAUUUGUAUGUUUCAUUCUUUCUUAAAUUCAGUUGUGAACUAAAAGUAAAUUAUUAUAUAGAUUUGUUAGUGAAAAAUAAAUCUAAGAAACAUGCUUGGUCAUUACAUCCUUACACUAGUCAAGAAUAUGUCAACAGAGAGUAAAAUUCAAAUUAAAAACUUUGAAAUUCUCAGAUAUGUAAGAAUUAUUGCCUUUAUGAAGAGUUUUUUACUUAUAAAAUUUAUCAUUGGUGUAUUUUAAAAAUGGCUAUUCCUUGUCAUGUGUGUAAAAACUGUUUGUAUACUAUACUUUGGAUAAAGUUUUCAGAAAAUUAAAUUUUUUUCUUACGCACUUGUAUUCAGAAUGUGAGAAUUCAGACUUUUGCAAAGAGAUUGGUUUGUAUGACCUACAAUUACCAUUUCUCUUUACCUCUGUAUAUAUAUAUUCACAUAUAUUUUAUAACAAAUUACUUCAUAAAAAUAUUUUAAGUCUGUUAAGGAUCUGCUUGAACACUUCUUGGUACAAGAAAUUUUAUCAUGCAUGUUAUAAACUUCCAAAUUAUAACUCUGCAACUUGUAAUUAAAAUAGAUGAAAAUGAAUGUCAUUGGAAUAGUCUGUCAAUAAGACUAAUUUCAGUUUAAUGAAAAAGCUAAGUCAUUGUAACUUGUAAUGAUACUAUCUGUAAGAGAUACGUGUACUUUCACCUCUUGCAGGUAAUAAGUAAAAAAUCAACAAGAAUGGUAAGUUUUGUGUAAACCACAUAAAAUAAUUAUCUUCAACAGCGUAGAAAAAAAAAAUACUACACAUCCAUAUUAGGCUUAGUUUUAAGUUUACAAAGUAUUAAGCUGUUUAUGAUACAUCCUUAAACUCAGAUGUAUGAUUAACUAAUUUAACAGUGUAUUCUAAUUAUAAACCAGAAGUAAAGAAAAUUAUUAUGUUUGGUUUUUUCCUGGUGUAAUUUACUCUCUUGACUGUAAUAAAAUUGUCAUACAUACAUAUACAUAAA